AUGGCUCCUCGUCCAGAAGUCAGAGAUACCUCUUCUCUCACUCUUGGUAUGUACAGUUGGCUACUCCUUACUAUCAUCCAUACCUCACCACCAGGCAGCAUCACACACAGAGGCAACAUCCACUCACAAUUAUUCUAAUCCCACAGAUGAUGCUAAUACGGCACCCAAAGACUCAGUCAUCCUGCCGGCAUAUUCUACCGUGGACAAGUAUGAGGAGGACCCCUGGAACCUCCCUGAACUGCAGGACACUGGACUCAAGUGGUCAGGUGAUAUAGAGUAUUGUUGUUUCUCAAAUGGCACCCUAUUCCCAACAAAGUGCACUUCUUUCCCCUUCACUGAGAUGAAAAUUGAGGCUGUUUAAGUGAGAACCUGUGUGACUAUACCAACCAAAAUCUGGUUUCUCAUCCAGUCUCAUCUCUCUCUUUGGAAACAGAGUUGGAUACCAAAGGGAAGGUUAUGCGGGUUCUGACUGCGAUUGUCAAGUUCAUUCUGCUGGUUGGAUUUCUCUACAUGUUCGUCUGCUCUCUGGACAUCCUGAGCUCUGCUUUCCAGCUAGUUGGAGGUAACAUUAAACCCUGCUCUCUGUCAGCGUUGACAAAAUGAAUAUUAUGGUUUCAUAUCUUACUGAAUCUUUGUUUAUGUAAGUACUCCAAUCCAAUCAUAUGAUACAAUAUACAGUCAAAAUCAAAUAAAAGUAUAAAAAUGUAUGUUUGUUGUCAACCAGGUCCUGAUAAGGGACCUACUGUAUUUGUCACUACUUAGGUUUUAACUCUGCUAAUUUGAUAAUACUCUAAUACUCUCAUGUUGAUGACAUUACGCAAUAUUAUUCACAAUUGCAACUGUCCUCUCAUUCCAUUAAAAAAUAUAAAAAUAUGGGAUGUUUAUGGAUAUGAAAGCGUUUAUGGAUCGUUUCCAUGAUGAAUUUGGACUUACCUAUGCGCUGUGUCUCCAUAGGUAAGGCAGCUGGGGACAUCUUCCAGGACAAUGCGGUGCUGUCCAACCCCGUGGCUGGCCUGGUGAUUGGAGUGCUGGUCACAGUGUUAGUCCAGAGCUCUAGCACGUCCUCCUCUAUUGUGGUCAGCAUGGUGUCCUCUGGAUGUGAGUAUACACACACAUACAAGUACACAUGGGACAUAUACACACAUGCCCCCUCAGAUUUUCAUCAAGGAUCCCUCUGUACUUUGCUCUGUUCAUCUUUGCCUUGAUCCUGACUAGUCUCCCAGUCCCUGCCGCUGAAAAACACCCCCACAGCAUGAUGCUGCCACCACCAUGCUUCACCGUAGGGAUGGUGGCAGGUUUCCUCCUGACGUGACGCUUGGCAUUCAGGCCAAAGAGUUCAAUCUUGGUUUCAUCAGUCCAGAGAAUCUUGUUUCUCAUGGUCUGAGAGUCUUUAGGUGCCUUUUGGCAAACUCCAAGCGGGCUGCUCUGACAGUAUGUUUAACUGUCAUUAUCACACGAUUAUAACAGUCUAACGCAACUGUGAGGAAAGAAAAAUCUAAAACAUUAUAGUCUUACAAUACCUCUUUAUGUACAAAUUGAAUACAUUAUGCAAUAGACUAUGAUUCAAAGUUGGCUAAUCAAAUCUCUCUCUCUCUCUCUCUCUCGCUCUCUCACUCACUCACUCACUCACUUACACACACACACACACACACACACACACACACACACACACACACACACACACACACACACUGAUUCUUUAUCGUAGUGCUGGAGGUCCAGUCUGCAGUGCCAGUCAUUAUGGGAGCCAACAUUGGAACCUCAGUCACCAACACCAUUGUGGCCAUGAUGCAGGCAGGGGACAGAAAUGAGUUCCGCAGGUACAUCUAACUGGAUAACUUUCUAAAGAUUCAUAAGACUACAGUGCUCGAUUUCAGGCAUUUGACUUACUGGUAGUUUCUGAUAAUAUGUUUACAUGACUCAUUUUAUUCAUUUCCAGCCGUUUUAUGAGUCAGAACACAAAAAAUCUAGACAGUUCUAGAACACUCAGAGGCUUCUCUGUCGAAUAAACGUGUCUCUGGCUCCAUCCAGUGGCCGGCUGCGUCAUCCAUUUUGUCAGCUCUUUGCUAGGUCAUGUCAAAGGGGCGGACUUUAGAAAAGCGAAUCUUUAGGUCGACUCCCUCGCGACACAGACAUGACACAGACAUCAUUGGAUUCUUAUUGAGCAGGCGUUCAUAAAUAUAUACCUUUCAUAGCUGUACAAUAAUGAAUGCGACCUACACACUUCCUUAAACCUAAAAUAAGUAAAGCAAUUUUGUGUGGAAGUCAAAACAUUUUUAAAGUCAGAGACAGACACAAAGCACAUCAGUAGAACCAAGAAAAAGCGCCCUUUUCACAGGCUGUUUAAAUGGCCAAAAUGUUGAUUUAAACAUUCACAAAUUUUACACAUUUUGACUAUCACUAAUGUCAUGAUAUUUUGGGUAAAGUAAUAAAGAAGGUCAAUUCACUAUGAUAUCAUCAUAUUUGUAUAUGGACACGACUACAUUAUUCAAAAUAUUGCCUUCUUGCUUGAUUGAUGAAUACAGCCAUAGCAAAACGGCUGUAAGUCAGCUCAAUAAGUUUUCUAAACAGUCUCAAUCGAUAGAAGUAUACUUCACAAUUUUGGACCAUAAAAAAGCUUUUCUAAUUAGCUGGUUGGUAAUGAGCAGAAUUCUUGGGAAAGAAAAUAGAUAUAAUGAUAUCAUGCUUGGUAAAUUGUGAGCUGUGUAACCUAGUGUUAUUUCCUCCAGGGCGUUUGCUGGUGCCACAGUGCAUGACUUCUUCAACUGGCUGUCUGUGCUAAUCCUGCUGCCUCUGGAGGCGGCUACUGGUGUCCUGUACAAACUCACCAAGAUCGUCAUCGACUCCUUCAACAUCCAGGGAGGCAACAACGCCCCUGACCUGCUCAACGUCAUCACCGAUCCUCUCACCGAUGCCAUCAUAGAGGUAGGAUCAGUAUUUUACCAUCGCAAUUCAUCUGAUUAAUCCCUAUAUGAAAUGUGAGGUGGAUCACAUUAGCUUGGCUAAUGCAAAUUAUAAAGCAAAAGACACAAUAUGAGAAGUGAAACUUAUUAGAAUGUAUUUAUAUAGCUAGCAAGAUACAGUACCUAUACAACCCUGAAACAUGUCCAAAACAUUUAUGAAACAUCUGCUUAAUAUUACAUUUGAGUUGAUGAAGAAGUUUAGUAAGUUUUAAAUCAUCUUUAACUGGUCUGAAACCUUUAUUUUCCUCUAGCUGGACAAAACUGUCAUCAGUGACAUUGCCACCGGUGACCCAGCAGCCAGAAACAAGAGUUUGAUCAAAAUCUGGUGCAAAUCAGAGAAAAUCACGGUAAGACGUUUAGAUUAAUGAUGACCCUGUCACCAGUGUUCAAAUCCAAUCCAAUCCAAUUUUAUUGGUCACAUACACGUGUUUAGCAGAUGUUAUUGCAGGUGUAGCAAAAUGCUUGUGUUUCUAGCUCCGACAGUGCAGUAAUAUCUAACAAGUAAUAUCUAACAAUUUCACAACAUAUACCCAAUACACACAAAUCUAAGUAAAGCAAUGGAAUUAAGAAUAUAUAAAUAAAUAUAUGGGCAAGCAAUGUCAGAGCGGCAUAGACUAAGAUACAGUAGAAUAGUAUAGAAUACAGUACAUACAUAUUUACAUUUACAUUUUAGUCAUUUAGCAGACGCUCUUAUCCAGAGCGACUUACAGUUAGUGAAUACAUAUUUUUUUUAUACUGGCCCCCCGUGGUAAUCGAACCCACAACCCUGGCGUUGCAAACGCCAUGCUCUAUCAACUGAGCUACAUCCCUGCCGGCCAUUCCCUCCCCUACACUGGACGACGCUGGGCCAAUUGUGCGCCGCCCAUGAGUCUCCCGGUCGCGGCCGGCUUUGACAGAGCCUGGAUUCGAACCAGGAUCUCUAGUGGCACAUAUGUACUGUAUAUUGGGUAUAGGUUGUGAAAUUGUUAGAUAUUACUUGUUAGAUAUUACUGUACUGUCGGAGAUGAAUAAUGCAAGUUAUGUAAACAUUAUUAAAGUGACUAGUGUUCCAUUUAUUAAAGUGGCCAGUGAUUUCUAAUCUAUGUAAAUAGGCAGCAGCCUCUAAUGUGCUAGUGGAGGCUAUUUAACAGUCUGAUGGCCUUGAGAUUGAAGCUGUUUUUCAGUCUCUUGGUCCCAGCUUUGAUGCACCUGUACUGACCUCGCCUUCUGUAUGAUAGCGGGGUGAACAGGCAGUGGCUCGGGUGGUUGUUGUCCUUGAUUAUCUUUUUGGCCUUCCUGUGACAUCGGGUGCUGUAGGUGUCCUGGAGGGCUGGUAGUUUGCCCCCGGUGAUGCGUUGGGUAGACCGCAUCCCCCUCUGGAGAGCCCUGCAUUUGCGGGCGGUGCAGUUGCCGUACCAGGCGGUGAUACAGCCCGACAGGAUGCUCUCAAUAGUACAUCUGUAAAAGUUUGUGAGGGUUUUAGGUGCCAAGCCAAAUUUUUUCAGCCUCCUGAGGUUGAAGAGGCGCUGUUGCGCCUUCUUCACCACACUGUCUGUGUGGGUGGACCAUUUCAGUUUUUCAGUGAUGUGUACGCUGAGGAAGGUACUCUGAAAAUAUAGUUUAACAAGCAAACAAUUACUUCAUACUGGAAGAAGUUAACCUACACUAAAGCUACCCUUAAGAAACAUUUGGUUUACUUAACUAAAUUUACUUUGAAAACGACUUAUUGAAAAAGUACUAUAUAUAAAUAUUUAGCAACACAGGAGGUUGGUGGCACCUUAACCAGCAAUUAUUAAUCAGAUAGUGAAACAAUGGGCUAUUUUUGACCACGUUUGUGAUGAUUGAUGAUUUAUGAGUUUUCCGACUGUAAAAACAAGAUAACGUUGUAGUAUACCUGAGAGUGCUAUCUCUUAAGCUCUCCUCUCAGGGUUAAUGUUUGAUAGAUCUUGUAGUUUGUCCAAGUGUCGUAAGUUUACAGACACUUAGGUUGGAGUCAUUAAAACUUGUUUUUCAACCACUCCACACAUUUCUUGUUAACAAACUAUAGUUUUGGCAAGUCGGUUAGGACAUCUACUUUGUGCAUGACACAAGUAAUUUUUCCAACAAUUGUUUACAGACUUAUAAUUCACUGUGUCACAAUUCCAGUGGGUCAGAAGUUUACAUACACUAAGUUGACUGUGCCUUUAAACAGCUUGAAAAAUUCCAGAAAAUAAUGUCAUGACUUUAGAAGCUUCUGAUAGGCUAAUUGACAUCAUUUGAGUCAAUUGGAGGUGUACCUGUGAAUGUAUUUCAAGGCCUACCUUCAAACUCAGUGCCUCUUUGCUUGACAUCAUGGGAAAAUCAAAAGAAAUCAGCCAAGACCUCAGAAAAAGAAAUGGUAGACCUCCACAAGUCUGGUUCAUCCUUGGGAGCAACUUCCAAAUGCCUGAAGGUACCACGUUCAUCUGUACAAACAAUAGUACGCAAGUAUAAACACCAUGGGACCACCCAGCCGUCAUACCGCUCAGGAAGGAGACGCGUUCUAUCUCCUAGAGAUGAAUGUACUUUGGUGCGAAAAGUGCAAAUCAAUCCCAGAACAACAGCAAAGGACCUUGUGAAGAUGCUGGAGGAAACAGGUACAAAAGUAUCUACAGUGGGGAAAAAAAGUAUUUAGUCAGCCACCAAUUGUGCAAGUUCUCCCACUUAAAAAGAUGAGAGAGGCCUGUAAUUUUCAUCAUAGGUACACGUCAACUAUGACAGACAAAAUGAGAAAAACAAUUCCAGAAAAUCACAUUGUAGGAUUUUUUAUGAAUUUAUUUGCAAGUUAUGGUGGAAAAUAAGUAUUUGGUCAAUAACAAAAGUUUCUCAAUACUUUGUUAUAUACCCUUGUUGGCAAUGACACAGGUCAAACGUUUUCUGUAAGUCUUCACAAGGUUUUCACACACUGUUGCUGGUAUUUUGGCCCAUUCCUCCAUGUAGAUCUCCUCUAGAGCAGUGAUGUUUUGGGGCUGUCGCUGGGCAACACGGACUUUCAACUCCCUCCAAAGAUUUUCUAUGGGGUUGAGAUCUGGAGACUGGCUAGGCCACUCCAGGACCUUGAAAUGCUUCUUACGAAGCCACUCCUUUGUUGCCCGGGCGGUGUGUUUGGUAUCAUUGUCAUGCUGAAAGACCCAGCCACGUUUCAUCUUCAAUGCCCUUGCUGAUGGAAGGAGGUUUUCACUCAAAAUCUCACGAUACAUGGCCCCAUUCAUUCUUUCCUUUACACGGAUCAGUCGUCCUGGUCCCUUUGCAGAAAAACAGCCCCAAAGCAUGAUGUUUCCACCCCCAUGCUUCACAGUAGGUAUGGUGUUCUUUGGAUGCAAUUCAGCAUUCUUUGUCCUCCAAACACGACGAGUUGAGUUUUUACCAAAAAGUUCUAUUUUGGUUUCAUCUGACCAUAUGACAUUCUCCCAAUCCUCUUCUGGAUCAUCCAAAUGCACUCUAGCAAACUUCAGACGGGCCUGGACAUGUACUGGCUUAAGCAGGGGGACACGUCUGGCACUGCAGGAUUUGAGUCCCUGGCGGCGUAGUGUGUUACUGAUGGUAGGCUUUGUUACUUUGGUCCCAGCUCUCUGCAGGUCAUUCACUAGGUCCCCCCGUGUGGUUCUGGGAUUUUUGCUCACCGUUCUUGUGAUCAUUUUGACCCCACGGGGUGAGAUCUUGCAUGGUGCCCCAGAUCGAGGGAGAUUAUCAGUGGUCUUGUAUGUCUUCCAUUUCCUAAUAAUUGCUCCCACAGUUGAUUUCUUCAAACCAAGCUGCUUACCUAAUGCAGAUUCAGUCUUCCCAGCCUGGUGCAGGUCUACAAUUUUGUUUCUGGUGUCCUUUGACAGCUCUUUGGUCUUGGCCAUAGUGCAGUUUGGAGUGUGACUGUUUGAGGUUGUGGACAGGUGUCUUUUAUACUGAUAACAAGUUCAAACAGGUGCCAUUAAUACAGGUAACGAGUGGAGGACAGAGGAGCCUCUUAAAGAAGAAGUUACAGGUCUGUGAGAGCCAGAAAUCUUGCUUGUUUGUAGGUGACCAAAUACUUAUUUUCCACCAUAAUAUGCAAAUAAAUUCAUAAAAAAUCCUACAAUGUGAUUUUCUGGAUUUUUUUUAUCUCAAUUUGUCUGUCAUAGUUGACGUGUACCUAUGAUGAAAAUUACAGGCCUCUCUCAUCUUUUUAAGUGGGAGAACUUGCACAAUUGGUGGCUGACUAAAUACUUUUUUUCCCCACUGUAUAUCCACAGUAAAACGAGUCCUAUAUCGACAUAACCUGAAAGGCCGCUCAGCAAGGAAGAAGCCACUGCUCCAAAACCACCAUAAAAAAGCCAGGCUACGGUUUGCAACUGCACAAGGGGACAAAGAUCGUACUUUUUGGAGAAAUGUCCUCUGGUCUGAUUAAACAAAAAUAGAACUGUUUGGCCAUAAUGACCAUCGUUAUGUUUGGAGGAAAAAGGGGCUUGCUUGCAAGCCGAAGAACACCAUCCCAACCGUGAAGCACGGGGGUGGCAGCAUCAUGCUGUGGGGGUGCUUUGCUGCAGGAGGGACUGGUGCACUUCACAAAAUAGAUGGCAUCAUGAGGAAGGAAAAUUAUGUGGACAUAUUGAAGCAACAUCUCAAGACAUCAGUCAGGAAGUUAAAGCUUGGUCGCAAAUGGGUCUUCCAAAUGGACAAUGACCCCAAGCAUACUUCCAAAGUUGUGGCAAAAUGGCUUAAGGACAACAAAGUCAAGGUAUUGGAGUGGCCAUCACAAAGCCCUGACCUCAAUCCUAUAGAACAUUUGUGAGCAGAACUGAAAAAGCGUGUGCGAGCAAGGAGGCCUACAAACCUGACUCAGUUACACCAGCUCUGUCAGGAGGAAUGGGCCAAAAUUCACCCAACUUAUUGUGGGAAGCUUGUGGAAGGCUACCUGAAACAUUUGACCCAAGUUAAACAAUUUAAAGGCAAUGCUACCAAAUACUAAUUGAGUGUAUGUAAACUUCUGACCCACUGAGAAUGUGAUGAAAGAAAUAAAAGCUGAAAUAAAUCAUUCUCUCUACUAUUAUUCGGACAUUUCACAUUCUUAAAAUAAAGUGGCGAUCCUAACUGACCUAAGACUGGGAAUUUUUGCUAGGAUUAAGUGUCAGGAAUUGUGAAAAACUGAGUUUAAAUGUAUUUGGCUAAGGUGUAUGUAAACUUCUGACUUCAACUGUAAGUCCCAGUGCCUUAUUGCUACUAUAUCAUGUCGUCAUGAAGGUGGUAUUUUCUUAAUAAAAUGCCUUUUCUUUACUAGUCAUAAUGUCAUUAAGGUCAUUGUUUCCAUAGGUUUUGAUUACUUUGUGAUAGCCAUUAUUACUGUGCCUUUUAUCUGUAUUGGCUAAAAACAAAUAUUGUAAUAUUUUUGUGUGUUUUAUCAGAGAGGAAGAGGCAAAUCAAGAGGGUUUACUCUGUCCAAAAUCGGUCCAUGAAAAUAAGGAAUUUUUGUAUGGAGGUCAAUGAGAGAGUGUUGAAUUUGGUCAACAAAAAAAAGUAAUUGCUAAUUUGCUACGUGAGGCUUAUUUGAUCAAAUAGACGUUUCGUAAUGGUUAGGUUGUUACGAAUACACUGAUAUAAGUGGACGCCUGCGGCAUUUCGGCAACUUUAUAUCGGAGUUGUGCCUGUUGUUCACACGCGUAUCUACACUCUCAUUUGCUAGAAUGGUCCCACAAGAUCGCGCCUCCUCCUGCCUGCCUUCCAUCUUUGAGGAGAUGUAUUUUCAUUAUUAGAGCGGUCACUCGACUAUCUUGUCAAUAUAAUAGAUCAUUUUUGUUGUUAUUCUCUUCUUUUUUAGACUCUUGUGAAUAUAACAGUUCCCUCAGCUGCCAACUGCACGACCGGUGCCCCCUGUUGGGUGGAAGGCAACAAGACAUGGACCCAGAUAAAUGUCACUGAAACAAUCAAUCUAGAGAGAUGUAAGUACAGCACAAUCACUGAACAGCCCAUGACCCUACAAAGAUCUUUACAGAGCAAUUUGGAAUACCUGAUACACUAAACCAAAAUUCUGUGAAACCUGAGAACACCCACCUCUCCCCCUCACUGCCAGACAAUACUACCUGACACAAGGACAAUGACUUCCAUUCAGUCUAUAAAGUGACUCAGCACAUAUCCUCAUCUCACCCCCUCUGCCUGCUCAAAUACCCCCCCCUCACCCUCUCCACCUGCUCAAAAGGCCCAUUCAACCUGGCCAGCUGAAGCACCUGAGUGGCCCAAGGCCAAACGACUGGCGAGUACUCCCAAGUCUGACACAGCCAAUCAAAAUGAAUACCUGUACGCUUGGUUCUGAAAUCAGUCAAUCAAAACAAGGGAAAGGGCCGUUGCUCUCAUGAUGACUUAGAUCAAAUCCUGUUGUAAUGAAACCCCCUACAUUGGGUCACCACACGUCAGAGCUAAGUGUAGAAGCUAUAGGGAAAAAAACAUGUUGACUACUGAAGUACCAUUCCUCCUAUCUAUUCCAUGAAAAUGACCUUCUCACUAAUCUCACUAAAUGUAUUACGUUCUCUCUAAUAUCACUACAUUUAUUACCUUCUCUCUAAUCUCACUAAAGUUGAAUUACCUUCUCUCUAAUCUUUCAUUGCUAUCCCACCUUUGUCCCAUUUAAAUCUUUAAUAAUAUUUGGCAUCUUCCCAUCAGGCAACCAUAUCUUUGUCUAUGCUAACCUACCUGACUUGGCUGUGGGCCUCAUCCUGUUGGCCCUGUCCCUGCUCAUCCUCUGUACCUGCCUCAUCCUCAUCGUCAAGCUGCUCAACUCCAUGCUUAAGGGACAGGUGGCUGUGGUCAUCAAGAAGGUGCUCAACACAGGUGAGCAGACAUUUGGCUAUUUUCUCAAUCUACUCAGAACGCUGGUAGAACAGGCAUCCUGUUUGAUAGUCAGCAGUGGUACAAGCACAUCUUGAUGUUUGAUGAGCAACACUGGUGAAGCCACGCUGAAGCUUGAAGGUCACCUCAGGUGCUCUGGUCCUGUUACGUGAUAGACCAAGAUCAGGUUAAACUAUGCUGUGAUCCAUACAGACACUUUGAUGUUGAUGUUGAAACUAAUCCUAACAUUCACUGUUGUUAAAAGGGUCACCAGGGUGUUACAGUUAUGGUCGCCAAGCUAAUGCUUAACUUGCUGUGUCUUGUCUGUUCAGACUUCCCUUUCCCCUUCGGCUGGGUCACCGGUUACAUCGCCAUCAUGGUCGGAGCAGGAAUGACCUUCAUUGUCCAGAGCAGCUCUGUCUUCACCUCUGCAAUCACUCCCCUUGUUGGUGAGUAGUUAGGCCUAUUUGUUUAGCUUCUAUCUAUCCAUUUACCUUUAGCUGUCUCCUAUUGCAUCCAAACCUACUGACUAAUGUAGAGGGCAUAUACUCAAGUAUUAUUUCAGUAUCAUGUAACCCUUUCAGUACCAUGUAAUCCUUCUCUCAAUUACCCAACAGGUAUUGGUGUUAUUAGCCUUGAGAGAGCCUAUCCCCUGACAUUGGGCUCAAAUAUCGGCACAACUACCACUGCUAUUCUUGCUGCUAUGGCUGCUCCUGGAGAAACACUGGCCAACUCACUGCAGGUUUGUUGUAGUAAUCAUUUAUUUUUAUAGCAAUUUCAUAUUGCUUUCUGUCCACUCUCUCCGUAUGCAUCAGUGUUUUUGAAGUAAAGUCUUAUUCACCCUGUUUGCAUCUCCUCCUCUCCAGAUUGCACUGUGCCAUUUCUUCUUCAACAUAGCGGGAAUCUUGCUGUGGUACCCCAUCCCCUUCACUCGGAUUCCCAUCCGCUUGGCCAGAGCCCUGGGGAACCGCACAGCCAAGUACCGCUGGUUCGCAGCGCUCUACCUCUUUCUCUGCUUCUUCCUCAUGCCGCUGACCAUCCUGGGGCUCUCCCUGGCCGGCUGGCAAGCCCUGGUUGGGGUGGCCGUGCCCAUCGUUGUCCUCGCCAUCUUCAUCAUCAUCGUUAACCUGAUGCAGGUGCGUUGUCCACAGUACCUGCCCAGUGGGCUGCGUAACUGGGACUUCCUGCCCCGUCCCCUGCACUCCAUGGCUCCCUGGGACCGUGUGGUGAAGUCAGGCAUGGCCUUCUGCGGCGCCCACUUCUGCUGCUGCUGCAAGUGCUGCCAGAGUACUGAGGAUGAAGAGAAGGGUGGGAAGGAAAGGAAGAAGAGUCUGGAGAUGUAUGAUAACCCAGUCCUAAACAGAGACGAUGAGCCACAAGAGACCCCCAAGGAAACUGUGAAAGCUACACAGCUCUAACACAGUUAAGAAUUCACUGUAACAUAUCUGUAAGACAUAUAUAACCUACCUGUAACAUGUUUGUAAUUCUCCAAGUUUGCUUAGGCUUUAUGGAGUUAACCAGUCUCUGUUUCAGUGAUAUUGUAUAAUGUGGUGUAAGCCUGAACAGGGCAACUACACU